AUGGUGGUGCGGGCUCAAUCGCCAUCGCCUAAUCAGCGCCGCCUCGAAUUUUUGGUGGACGUACCAGACACCGUAGCGAUCCAUAGCGGCAUGCUCAACCUGCUCGGAGGUGGAGGGCAUGGCGGAUUUUUCUCAAUACUGCUCGUCCUGUUUGCCCUGAUGCGCUUCGCACUGAGCUGCGAUGUCGAGAGCGGAUGUGACGAUGACAGCGUCGCGCUGCUUCAGCAAAGGCCGUACGCAAAGAUGAACCCGGAGAUGACGAAGCUUGAGGAGCUCGUCGAUGCUGUGAAGAGGCUGCAGGAAGGUCAAGCCGCGCAAAUGAAGGAACUCGCCGAUGUGGUGGAAAGACUCCACGAUGGUCAAUCGGCUGAAGCGAAGGUUCAUGCACAGAACGUCUCCGUGCCUGCCGCCUCCGCAUUGCCGCAGAAGCCCGUUCUGUUCCAAGCUUGCAAAGCCAGGACAAAGAAGAAGUUCGCCCUGAGUCAAAAGAUGGCCCAUGCCGAGGAGAAGCAAGCAGCCAACACCACCAGGUAUGCUUUGUGCGGGCCAGACGAGGUGCUUCUGACAAAGUACGGCUCCACAAAUGUGCAACGCACGUGCUGUACAGCAUCCAGUAUGGUAUGUGCAGGUUGCGCUCAAGCUGCGGGUCAGGCUUGCUUGGAGUGCGCCGGUGGCUUCAUCAAACGUGGAGGACGCUGCAUUGCUUGCGCCGACUCUGCUGGCUGGCGAAGUGCGAACAAGCAAACUUGUGCACAGCUUGCCUUCUCAGACUGUAGUGAUGUGAAGGUCGGCAGCAAGAGCAGCAAUGAGGCAUGUUGCAUCUGCGGUGGUGGCGUGGUCAGCGCGACGCCAUUUUCCUAUCCUGCCGUGCACCUCGCGUUGGGCAGCCCCGUGGAUGUUUUGCCAUCUCCGAUGACGGCGUCGCAUUAUUCACUUAACGAGGACUGUGAGCUGUCAACAUACAACCUGACCAUGAAUGGCGCGACCGGUGCCAUCACGCAGGAUCCGGGCAAGCUCAUGCCAAAGGAAGCUUUCAGCAUUGAGUGCCUCGUGACCGCGCAUCAAGCACUGGGCGCUGUGCUGAUUCAGCCCGCUGACCCUUCUUCCAUGGUGGCUUGGUUCAGGAGUGAAGAUGCUGCUCCAGAAUGGGAGAGCGCAGUGGGCAGCUGGAAGGGUCGCGUGACGGAGGGCAGCGUUAGCAUAGUUUUCGAGGCUGGAAAUGGGGCGACAAAACCUGUGCAGUACCUCUCUGGCAAUACCGACGUCAGAUAUGACUUUGGCAAGAUCAUGAAGCCGGACUUCACGAUUUGUUCUAUCACACGGUACAUCCAGGCAGGAAGGCGGAAACGCAUUCUUACAAAUUCUGCACCAAAUUUCCUGCAUGGCCAUCAUGACGGUAGAACAGGCGUUGCUCACUACCAGAGAUGGGUCGUGAACACAGAUAGUCUAGCCAAUACCGAUUGGCUUGUGAUGUGUGGCAACAACAAUCGCAUUGUUUUCGCGGGCGAGGACCGCACGAACAUUGCUGUCAACCAGGGUAAUCGUUACGGCGCAGAUUUCAACUUGUACAUCAACGAAGACGGAGAGAGCUCGGACUUCGGUGUCAUGGAGGUCAUCACGUGGAACCGGGCACUCGACGAAGACGAGAUGUGGAGAAGCAUGGAGUACCUGAACGCGAAACUCAAGGCAGAGACAGUGACCUAUGAGGCAUCAUUGAAAAUCUCCAUGGAUGCACUCGGCUACGGCUCACCGCUGCUCGUGUUCCAAGGAGCUAGUCCUUCGAAAGCGGCGAUGAAGGCUCCGGGCGAGUGGAGGAACUUCGAGGUAGCCUGUGCGCCAAGCACACCGUGGCUGCAGGUUGAUCCCGCUUCGGGAGCACUUACCGAGGUGUCGCAGUCUCCUGGUGCAACUGCUGGUUCUGUGGACACCGAGGACACCCAGUUUGCCGGCCAAAAAGGCGGGAUUUGCGUCGUGAAGGCCUUGCACAAGGGUCUCUCAGCUGGCUUGAGGGGCGACUACUACUACGGCAAUUUUGCCUGCACUGUCCCGAGUCUCGGGGAUUCGGAUGUGGUGCACAGCGUCAUCGUGCCAGAGAUCGACUUCGACAACAACUUCCCGGAAGUUCGGCAACCGGGCAACUGGUGCUUCAGGCUCACGGGCUACCUUGGCAUCAGCUACGGCGGCAGCUACCGAUUCACGCUCAGCUCCGAUGAUGGUUCCCGGCUCUAUUUGAACGGGGCCCUCCUCAUUAACAACGACGGCUGCGGAUACAGUGAAGUAACCGGCCAGACUUCCUUGGAAACCGGGCACCAUGUACUGGAAGUGCACUUUUGCGAGGGAGGUGGGUCGGAGAGCUUGAGGCUCCAGUAUGAAGGGCCUGACAGCUCGAACAUGAAGAUCACGGUGCCCGCGACAGCUUUCUUCCACGACUCUGAUGAGGAGGCCUUCACUGAGCAGAAGGCUCGCGUCGUUGCCUUAAGCCCACAGCCAUGGACAAGCCUGGCCUACCAGACACACUCGGUCUCGGUGACGCUUGGGGAACAGAUCCCUCUCAUCAAGGUCCGCGUGCCUCCAGGUGAGUAUCUUCUGCGACCCUCAUCCUUCAAAGUUGCCGCCACGGUCAACCCCUCAUCGCACAAAUUCUCUUUUGACGAGCUCCUUGGCGCCGGCCUUCUUGAAGGCUAUUCUCUGCUGGAGGUGACGGCCGAUGGCUCGAUCUCCAUCGCUCCGGAUCCAGGGCUUGUGGCGGUUUUCGACACCAUGUCAAAUUCCGACAGCGUCAGACAGAGGAUUCUCCUCAACUUAGCCAUCUGGGGAGACUUCCCAUCGGUGAUGGGCUUGGAGCCCUUGAAGGCUGAGAUUCAGGUUGAACUCUUGGACAACAUUUGCUGGGUCCAGACGUCUUUCACAGAGGACAGCUACAGCGUGGUGCCGGGGACUCCGUCAAACAAUGAGGCGGAGUGCCGGUCGCAGUGCCGGCAAGAUGAGUCCUGCCCAAGCUUUGUCCACGUGAGUGGUCGGUGCAGACGAUACUGGCAGCGGGCUACCCAGAGCGGCGCAGUCCGGACUGUGUACGCCAAGGUCACGGAUUGCACUGUGGACACUACGUGCAUGGAGGUGGAGCAUCCGGAUUGGUACAAGGGCGGAAGAUAUUGCCCCGUUGCAACGGACCUCUUCCGAAACAGCGUGCUCUAUCGCAAGGACGGCCUAACAUCCGAAGAGACCAUUUACUUGGCCACCUUCUCCAGCUCUCUGGACGGCGCUCAGAACGGCUGCGAGGAUGGGGAUUGGAUCCUUCGGAAGGUCAACCCCGAGCUGGAUUACGUUGAGGGCGAGACUGGCGAGGUGUCCUUGCGCGGCGAAGCGCUGGGCUGUUCGCCGGCCUUCCAGGUGAGAUUUUCCGCCUCUUCCUGCCAACAGCCUGCCAAUCUGACCGCCGCUGCGGAGGAAGAAGAAGGCCGAAGCCCGUUCAUUCUGGACGACCCGGGGACGACGGGUCCAGCGGAUUACACCUUGCACCAUUGCGAAUGUGCACCUCGCGCAUGGGGCACGGAGGAACCGGUGACGCCCGAGUCCUUCGAGGCCAUUCCACCUGGGUCCAACAACGUCUUCAUUCCGCCUCCCUUCGAUUUGGCCACUGGCCAGAUGGUAUGCCCUGCACAGAACCUCAUCAGCGUGCACUACGAGACGGAUGCCGAGGCCAUGGAGCGAUCUGACUGUGAAUCGCGUUGCAAGGCUGAGGCGAGAUGUGAGUUCUACUGGCAUGGCACGCAGUCCGCCGCAAACACCUGCAGGCUCUACUGGGCCUGUGGAGUCCUCUUGCGCGAGAUCGGACUUGAAGGCGACCUUGUAGCAGUUCCCCGCGAAGAAAGCUGUCUCGUUGCCAACCCCGACAAGUGCUUCGCAGUGACAGCCCGCCGCAGCUAUCUCACCAACGAGGACGUGUACCGGGCGACCAGCUUGAGUUCGGCGCCAUUCCGCUACUGGACGCUUCAUGUACACUGUGACAUUCAUCUCAUCCUUGGAGGUGGAGGAGCAGAAUACUGUGCAAGGCCGAAAUAUCGUGUGCCGACUUCACAUGAGUGGCAGCACAAAUCACUGUUGCCACAGGCAUUCAGUCAUGGCAAUCAGCUGAGCGUCUCCUGUUGGGAUGAGCGCUACUCGGGCAUUUACGACAGCUCAUCACGCUCCGGGACACUCCUGACCUGUGUCAACGGAAAGUGGUUCAACGAGCAGAACGGACCUGGCCUGGGAAAGUUUGGUUGCCACAAGUGCGUCCAGGUUGGCUCCAGAGGCUUUGGCGAGGUCCACAAGCAGAACCUCCAGGAGAUUUGGUUCUUCAAGCAUCUGCCGUUGACACUUUGGACGGAGGCCUCUUCUGCGCAUUGCCUGCAGUUCGGCGACGCUGACAAUGAAUUAGUGCUGAAUCAGGCCCUCUGUUCACAAAAUGUGAAGUUCGAGUUCAUGGGCAACACGCUCUCCAGCAACCGCGUGGUGAAAUUGCUUGAGGGCGACAACCAGUGCAUGGAGUCGGUGACCGUCGACGGACUCCCGGUACCAGUUCACAAGACGUGCAAUGCCUCCGAGCCGGCCCAGCAAAUCCCUGCGGAUGAUCUGACCAACAUGUUGUGGAAUCUCCAUACCACGCGCUUCAACAAGGUGAGCCGGGCUUUCUCGCCGGGAUCCAUUAACUGCGGCGGCUCUGGCGGGGGUGCCGUUGGCCAGGUGUCCAUGAGGCAACUCUUCCAAGAAGACAGGAUUGCCAGCGUAAUGGGGGUCGUCGAUUUGAACGUUGACGAAGAGUGGACUGCACGCGGCCCAGGUAAUUGGGAGCAGGUGGCGUCAGGCAUGGAGCUCCGUUAUCCGUAUCCUGAAGCGCAGCUGAUGCGAGCAUGCAUCAGCUUUACGGAUGAUAUCAACGCUCCGCCAUUUACGGGCUUGCAAAUCCAGCUCUCCAAAGCCGGAAGGGCGGACCCGCUUCUGGACGACAAUUUUGGCUCCACCUUCUCGGCGGGAGGAUUGUUCCGAAACCUGUGCGGACCGUGGCGGCUUGUCCAGCCUGGCGGGACUUGCAGCGGCACAAACCCCUGCAAGAUCUUGGCGACGCACCGCAACGGAGUGCGUGUACACCUCAAACGCUACGUGUUGGAGUAUGCGAGAACAACUCCAUUAGAAAGAACCGGGACCUAUCUUGGCCGGAUGUUAUUUGUGGAGAAUUACAGGGGCUCCGGAAGCGCCGCUUGGAUGAGAUUUCAGGUUGCGUCUGGGGACACUGAGUUCUGGCCCAAUACGACGCGUUUUGAAGGCUUCUCGUCUGCGGCUUGUGAGUUCGGGUCAGCGUGCGCACAUAGACCCGGACGGACAACGAAGCUGCGGUGUUUCCGAGGAGAGGCAACUCACUUUCGUGUGUGUAUGCUUUGGUGGGACUAUGGAGGUUCUAGUGAUAUCGUGGGCAUGCAGAUCAGACGGGCGGGCGCAGGUUCUUUCUGGCAACACAACUUCGUUUCCUCCAGAGCAAGAACUACUUACGACUGCAGCCCCUGGUCUGCUGACAUCGGCAGGCUCGCAGAAUGUGGCCAAAGCAGAUCCUUGUGCCGUGUCUUCCGCUACACUUCCAACGAGUUCACCACGCACAUCUACAAGCUCCACAUGGAGUUCAAGAACGACGGCGCGCCGAGCAGCCCAUCGGCUACGGCAGCAGUCAUAGGCAGCUACAACCUUCCGAUCGAUCCUUCUUCGAAGGACAGGGUGGUCCCCGCCGGCGACGGGGAAUGGGCGAAGGUUUCGGAGGGCCUAGGCUUGGCCAUGAACAUGACAAAUUACGACGUCGCAGUUCAGUUUCGUUUGUGCGUGGCCUUCUCCAACGACCGCGCUGGUGGCUCGUUCAAGCUGCGUAUUCGCCGCGAUGCCUGGGAUGACGCUGACAAUGGGCCGCCGGUUAUGGUGGAGGAGGAGUUCUUCGCCACAGCUGAGUCAUCUACUGCCUUCUUUCACCACACGUGUGGCGUCCGGCAUGAUGUUCGGCUCCUAUCGUGCGGAGGUUGGUGGGGCAUAGCGUGCAUUGUCGACAUUCAUCACAGCCAGACUGGAACAAAAGUUUGGCUGGACAGCUUGCAAGUGGAGUUUUGGGAAAAGAUACCCGACGAUGUGUGCCGAUUUGCUCCUGUGGUGCUUCCUUCUCCGACACAGGUGGCGGAGAUCUUCAAGACAAGCGAAUGGCCGGAGUGGAAUGACAGGCUUGCAGAUGCUCCUGUCUUUUGUCCACUCGGCGAGGUUCUCACCGACCUGAAUAUGGUCGAUGGGCAGUUGAACUACCGGUGCGGCGUCGUGCCAGGCCUAGGCUCUUGCGUCGAGUGGUUCACCCCGCAACAGAAAAUCGCGAGCUGGCAUGAUUACCGUGGUCUACUGAAAAUGACUGUGCUGUGCAAGGAGGACUCGCUGUUGAACGGGUUCCACUUCGAAUUCUCGGAUGGUGGCAAGUGGGCCCGCUUUCGCACCAACUGCUGCAAAGCUGCGGGAGUGCCAGUGGCAUUGGACAACUCUGCUUCUCCGCCGUUGCCUGCAGGCUUUGACGGGCUGUACUGCCCGCAGCAAAAGGAUGAGUCUGGUCGCUUCAUCUAUCACCUGAUGACCACACAGGCGGCUGUUUUUGGCGCGACUGUGCUGAUUCGGCCCGCUGACCCUUCUUCCAUGGUGGCUUGGUUCAGGAGCGAAGAUGCUGGUCCAGAAUGGGAGAGCGCAGUGGGCAGCUGGAAAGGUCGCGUGAUAAGCGGCAGCGUCACCAUAGAGAUGAAGGCUGGAAAUGGGGCGAUAAAACCUGUGCAGUACCUCUCUGGCAAUACCGACGCCAGAUAUGACUUUGGCAAGAUCAUGAAGCCGGACUUCACGAUUUGUUCUAUCACGCGGUAUGUCCAAGGAGGAACACAGCGACGCAUUCUUUCAAACAAUAAUCCAAAUUUCCUCCAUGGCCACCAUUACGGUAAAGCAGGUGUUGCUUAUUACAAGAGUUGGGUCACAAGUCAGGAUCGUGCAGCCAGUACCGAUUGGAUUGUGCUGUGUGGCAACAACAGGCGCCUUGUCUUCUUGGGCGAGGACAGCACGAACAUUGCUAUCCACCCGGGUGUUCUUCACGACAGAGAUUUCAACCUGUACAUCAAUGAGGGCUUUGUCUAUGAAACCUCAGACUUCGGUGUCAUGGAGGUCAUCACGUGGAACCGGGCACUCGACGAAGACGAGAUGUGGAGAAGCAUGGAGUACCUGAACGCGAAACUCAAGGCUGGCACUGUCGGAGCUUCGGUCGCCGAGAGAGACCUUAGAUUGCAGUUCUCCCUCACUGAAGGAAAGUGGUCCCUCAUAGAUUCUUCUGGCACUGACUGGGCUACUGAAGUGGAUUCGCGGGUCAUCCCGGUGGACCUCAAGGGCUCGAACUGGGAGGCUACGGAACUGGCAGACUUUGAUGGUGAGUUCCAGAGCACAGGACUGCCCAAAGUCGUGAACCCCAACCCAGCGACGGCCGCUCUCCUCCGGAAGAUCAAGUCGCCGAAGCGGCCGAAGCAGCCGAGCGCACCGAAGCUGGAGGGCUUCGAGCCUGAGGAGCCCACGUAUUCCGCAGAGUGUGUGGAUUAUAGUCAGCUUUGGAAAACCAUCACUGAGACCUACAAAGACAAAAUUUCGGGCGAGGUCACAGCGCAUGAGGGCCAGCUGAAAGCUGAAGCAGUGGUUCCUCUCCCAGAAGAGAGCCCCUGUGCCGUAGCCGCCAGCGUGACGGCGACGAAAGGUGUCAUCGGAGGAGGAGACGGAUCAGACACCGGCGAGAAGAUAAACUACCGCGAGCUUGACGAAUGUGAUGGACGCUCCGGCGUACGCGGUUUGAAAUCGGCCAAGGCGGACUUCGAUGGGACGAUCGCCGAGCACGUUACUCAGUUGUUCUCUGUUGUCAACGGCCUUGGUUGCGAUGCUGCUGGACAAGUUGAGGUCGCUCCGCUGGGUCUCGGCAUGGAGAUCGCCGUCGUGGAUCUUUGCAAAGACAUCUUCAGCAUAUAUCAGACGGUGGCUUCAUUCGCCAACCCAUACACCGGGUUUGGAAAGGCAAAGGCUGCGUAUGACAGCGCGAAAGAGGACGACGCAGACUGCUCAGCCCAGGCCAGCCUGGACCGUCUCUUCUGCGACAUCCACUGCGUAAGGGAUGCUGUUGUUCGAGGCGAUCGUGCCAUCCUACGGAACCUGAAAGCCGCAACGGACGUGACGAACAGGAACCUGAGAGCGAUGGCCGAGUGGAGCGUGGAGGCCAACAGAGCCGCCUUGGCUGAGUCUUCAAAUGGAAUCACAUGGUUCCGCAAACGGGCGCUCCGCCCCCGCCUAACGGGCCUAACUUGA